AGUGAAAAUGGAAUGUUCCUAUGUCAAAGGUCACCCAACAUGGCUGCGUUCUAGUCGUAAAAUUGAAGAUCGCUGUGAAUUUCUUACUUUUGCGUUCGAAAUCAAACCUUUUCACCACCAAUUGUGCACAGAUCAACGACUGUGUCAAGUGUAGUUUAUAAACUAUGGGUCGGCUAAAGAAAAGACACAACUGGAAGGCUCGUCAGGGAGCAGACAUUAAGAUUGACAACACUGAGACUGAGGGCAUCCAGAUUGAACUACAGGACAAAGAAGAGGUAUCCGGGAUUGAUGCUUGCAAUGCCCUGGUGCUACCAUCUCAGAAGAGGAAGGUGAAAAACGUAGAAAAGUCAAAACAACUGCAGCAGAAACCUCUCAGCAAGAAACAGAAGAAACUACUCCAGAGGAAAAUUGAGCAAAAGGAAAAGAAAGCAAAGAGAGCAGACUUGCUGGAGUCUUUAUCACAAGUCCAAGUUCCUGCCGAGGAAUUAAAACUCCUGCAGUCCACUCAGACCAUACAUGGCAAGCUCACCAAACGACCUCACCCUGACCCUGAUACCUCAGCCACGGGGUCGUGUAAGGUCAACAGCAUCAGCGGCAGUAAAAAGAGGAAGAUGACAGUGGAGGAUGAGGAGGAAAGUGAGAGUGAAAGCUCCAGUAGUGACAGUGACCUCGAGAGUGACAAUGAAACAGAAGUCGAAAACAGCGAAGAAACUAACACUCAAGAUACUAGUACAGGCAUGGAGAGAGAACAAGUAAAAAAGACAGAUAGUGAUACUGUGAAAAGCGAUGAAAAAACUGCAGGACAAUGUGAUACAGAAGGAAAGGGAAACGAUGAAGCAACGGAUACACAAAGGGAGAAGAAUCAGAAGGCAGAGUCAAUAGGAAAGAGAGAGAGGAAGGACAGCACCCCUGCCGUGUAUGUCCCUGUGGAGAGGAGACCUGAGAUACAAGAGUCCAGACUACAGCUGCCUAUUCUGGCUGAAGAACAGGUUUUGAUGGAAGCUAUCCGGGAGAACCCAGUAGUGGUGGUGUGUGGAGAGACAGGCAGUGGGAAAACUACACAGAUCCCACAGUUCCUGUAUGAGGCUGGAUAUGGAAAGGAUGCCAUGAUUGGCAUCACGGAGCCUCGCCGUGUAGCUGCCGUCAGCAUGUCUCACCGUGUUGCCCAUGAAAUGAACCUGUCGCAGCGCACCGUGUCGUACCAAAUCCGGUAUGAGGGUAACGUCACCCCGGAAACAAAGGUCAAGUUCAUGACCGACGGCGUUCUACUCAAGGAAAUGCAGAAAGACCUCCUCCUGUCCAAAUACUCUGUUCUUGUCAUAGACGAGGCUCACGAGAGAAGUGUGUACACGGACAUUCUGAUUGGUCUGCUCUCACGGGUGGUGCCCCUGAGGACCAAGAAGGGAAACCCCUUGAAGCUUGUCAUCAUGUCCGCCACGCUUCGUGUGGAGGACUUCACGCAGAAUCAGAGGUUGUUUAAGAUCCCCCCGCCUGUGAUAAAAGUAGACACGAGACAAUUCCCGGUGACGGUGCACUUCAACAAGAGGACGCCAGGGGGAGAGUACCUACAGGAAACGUACAGGAAGGUGUGUAAGAUCCACCGUAUGUUACCCGCUGGAGGCAUCCUGGUGUUCCUGACAGGGCAGGCAGAGGUGCACGCCCUGUGUAGGAAGCUCCAGAGGACUUUUCCAAGCGCAAGUGGCGCACAGGUGAAGAACACAACAGAGACCAAAGAAACUAAGAAGACAAAGAAGGACCAGAAGCUGCCUCAGAUCAACCUGGAUAACUACACGAUCGAGGGAGAUGCUGACCAGGCUGAUGAUGGGAUACUGGAGGAAGACAUCGAUCUAGAUGCACAUAUUGUUGGAGUUGAUGAUGAGGAUGACAUGGAUGACAGUGCUGCCACGGCCACGUCUGACUCAGAACUCCCCAUGCACGUCCUCCCCCUGUACUCCCUCCUCCCCCCGGACAGGCAGCAGCGGGUGUUCCUGCCACCCCCUGAAGGGUCCCGGCUGGUCGUCAUAGCAACCAAUGUGGCGGAGACCUCCCUGACCAUCCCGCAUAUCAAGUAUGUGGUGGACACUGGGAAGGUGAAAAAACGCUUCUAUGACAAGGUCACGGGGGCUUCUGCAUUUCAGGUGACCUGGGUAUCCAAGGCGUCUGCUGACCAGCGUGCAGGCCGUGCAGGGAGAACAGAACCCGGACACUGCUACAGACUCUACUCCUCCGCUGUCUUCUCUGACUUCCAGACGUUCUCACCACCAGAGAUAGCCAGACGUCCUGUGGAAGACUUGGUCUUACAGAUGAAGGACAUGAGCAUUGACAAGGUGGUGAACUUCCCCUUCCCAACACCCCCUGAUGUAGAGGCAGUCAAAGCUGCAGAGCAGCUCCUGGUCCAGUUGGGGGCACUGCAGCACACAGCAAAACCCAAGAACCCUAAAGUGACCCCAUCUCCUGUUGUCACCCCACUGGGCCGUGCCAUGGCGAGGUUCCCCGUGUCUCCUCGCUUCUCCAAGAUGCUGGCCCUGGGAGAACAGCACGGCCUGCUCCCAUAUGUCAUCAGUAUUGUCGCUGCCCUGACUGUCCAAGAAGUCUUCCUCCCGAGUAGCGGACCAGCCGUACAGACGGAGGAACAGCAGGAGCUGAAGGACGCCCAGCGCCGAGUCGCCCAGCUGAAGAAGACGUGGGCGGGGCAAGGACAGUCCCUGUUGCUAGGUGACAUCAUGGUGCUCCUGCGGGCCGUGGGAGCGUGUGAGUUCGCAGGCUGCACCAAGACAUUCUGUGAAGAGAAUGGACUGAGAUAUAAGGCAAUGACUGAGAUUCGAAGCCUGCGUGCAUUACUGACUAAUGCCAUCAACACAGUGUGUCCAGGGGCCAAGGUGUAUGUAGACCCUAACAUGAGGCCCCCUACUGAGCUGCAGGCCAAGCUGCUGAGACAGAUCAUGCUAUCAGGGUUAGGGGACCGAAUCGCCCGCCGUGUUCCUGCAGAGCAAAUCUCAGACAAGGCCCACAGGUUUGCCUACCAGUCCACCUCCAUGGAGGAGUAUGUCUUCAUCCACCCCUCCUCCGUUCUCCUCAAAAUUCGCCCAGAGUACGUCAUAUUUCACGAGAUCAUUGAGACAGGGAAGCCCUACAUGCACUGUGUGGCGGCGGUGGAGCCAGAGUGGGUCCCGUUACUGGUGCCCAACCUGUGCACGUUCUCGGAGCCGGUGCAGGAUACGCCACCGACGUACGACAAGGACACGGGUCGGGUCAGGUGUCACCGGACCAGCACAUUCUCCAAACUGGGAUGGCAGAUGCCUUCUGUGGAGUGCGACUAUCCGGAGGGCCUGGAGAGGUACAAAUGGUUUGCAAAGUUCCUCCUGGAGGGAGCAGUUUUCCCACGACUGAAGAAGCUGACCCCCCUCCUCCUGUCUCCCCCCGCCAUCAUGGUCAAACCUUGGGCCAACCUGCAGCCUCGCACACAGACACUCCUCAAGGCUCUGGUGUCUGAAGGAGCAGACAACAGAGAUAGCCUCCAGCAGGCUUGGCAGAAGAACAACAAGUUUCUCCUAUCAGCGUUUACAGAGUGGGUGCCACAGAGUAUAUACACAGACCUGACAGAGAUGUGGCCACCUGUGUAG